UCCAAGAAUUCCAUAGUAUGGAGCCCUUCCAGUUAAAAUGGUGUCAGUCAGGAUUAUUUUUGCAUUGCGGGUGCAGCCUGAGUGAGUCUUUCCUUGGCAUGCUUACAGAACUAGCAAGGACUAUAGUAAUUUUUAUCUUCCUUUAAAAGGGGAUCAACCCUGCUCAGUAAAUGCUAAUCUAUUCCUCUUAAUUUAGCUUGAUGCAGAAAGCUAAUGUUAGAAGUUAAUGUUUGCAGUCACUUUUUUGUGAGGUAGGUUUUGCUGUGGUCAUUUGGUGACAGGGCUUGCCACUGUCUUGUUGACUGGCUUUGUUCAAUUAAACAGACUUGUCUGCUUCAGCUGACCAAAAGGGUAUUUAUGAAGGCUUAUUUGAGGCACACUGCUUUGGCAAAGGGCCGCCUAUGCGCUUUGUUUUGCUGUCAUAGGAUGGCUGGGUAAAAUUCCAUUCAUUAAUGCUGCUGUGUUCCGAACACAGCUUCCUCUUGUUCUCACUGCUAUCAUUCAUCACAGAUGAAGCUUUGGGUGUCCUCUGACAGACUUGUAAUCUGAUCAUAUUAUGUAAUGUGUUCUUUAAAAAAACUAAACCGAAAAACAUCAGAAGUAAUUUAAGUCAUCUUUCAAAUAUACCCUGUAAGUUGGUCUGUGUGGCAAGGGAGGCCACAAAUGGGUGAACUUCUAAUUUAUUUAUCUAAUGGAUCUGUUAUCACUGCUUCUCUGCUACUUAAACUGCUGGGGGUGGGAAUGUACCUCCAUUAUGUACUUUUAUUAUGGUGGUAUUACGGUUUCCAAAUAGUAUCCUGUUCAGACACUGCAGUGCUUAGCUUCAGCAAGGUGGGAGCAUCAUGUGCCUUCAGAACCCAUAGCCCUGUGUUGUCCUCCUUCUCCCACCUUGCAUUUGCUUGUGCCUGCAGUUUUGCUGUCUCCCUGCAGCCUUUUCCCAUGCCUCCUGCUUAUCAUGCCUAUCUAGCUUCUGCACUUGCUAGAUGAGUCUCUUAAAGCCAAAUGGUUUUAUAGGCUAUUUCAGUAUGUUUGAGGCCUGCAACCAGCUGUCUUAUAUUUGAAAUGCAUCUCUGUUAAUCUUGUCAAGCAUGUGACUUAGCAUGUGGCUGACCUUAGAUCAGGUUCUCUGGUGUUGGAUGACCCUUGCUUGCCCUGGCUCACACUGCUGGCUGCUUCAGAGCAAUGAAAAGUCCUUAAAUACUCAAUUUGGGUUCAUGAAUGGUUCUUCUAUAUAGAGAGCUCUGUCUAUAUGGGAAGGGAAAAGGCUUCCACAUGGCAUACUGUCUGAGCCUUCUCAUGGCAAGUACCUUGGUUGUGAAGCAGAAACUGCCAGGUGUCUAUGUGCAACCCUCUUACCAAUCGGCGUUAAUGUGGUUUGGAGUAAUAUUCAUAAGACACGGGCUGUACCAAGAUGGUGUUUUCAAAUUUACAGUCUACAUCCCUGACAACUAUCCAGAUGGUGAUUGCCCUCGCUUGGUUUUUGAUCUGCCCAUCUUCCACCCACUAGUAGAUCCCGUCUCAGGUGAACUGGAUGUGAAAAGAGCAUUUGCCAAGUGGAGGCGAAACCACAAUCACAUAUGGCAAAUACUGAUGUAUGCUCGUCGUGUCUUCUACAAGAUAGACACUGCAAGUCCUCUGAAUCCUGAAGCUGCUGUGCUAUACGAAAAAGAUAUUCAGCUUUUCAAGAGUAAGGUGGUCGAUAGUGUUAGACUAUGCAGCAGUCACUUGUUUGAUCCACCAAAAAUAGAGGAUCCCUAUGCAAUUAGCUUUUCUCCCUGGAAUCCAGCUAUACAUGAUGAAGCAAGGGAUAAAAUGUUGACUCAAAAGAAGAAGGAGGAGGAUCAACAGAGUAAAAGCAUGCAAGUGUCUGGCCUGUCAUGGGUGAAGCCUGGCUCCGUUCAGCCAUUCAGCAAAGAGGAGAAGACAUUGCCAACUUAGAUUCUGCGAACGACGACGCACUCAACACUUUCUGCGUGAAGAGGGAAUGUAACAGCAAGGCAGAGCAAAGCAGAGGUUUUCCUUCUUGACUUUGGAUUAGUAAGAGUAAAUGCUAGCAAUGAUUCGAGUAAACCUGCUCUGUGGCAUUGCUUGGACUCUUCUUGGUGUUUUUACACUUACGUUUUAACUGCAGCCUGCAGGUUGGAAGUAGUUCUUAACAAGGCUGGACUCUUGCUAGUGAAGUCCACUGUGGGUGGGUCAUGCCUCACGGUUCGAAUGUCGCCUGAGGUUCUUAUCUGGGUUACUUUUAAAGCUUUUUUUUUUUUUAACAUGUAAAGAACAGGCAGGGAAAACGUGUUCCAGAGGUAAUCUGUGUUUAUGUAAACUAAUAUAGCAGAGUAAAAUACUAUAUUUAAAACUUUUAAAUGCAUUGGUUUCUAUUGUAAAUAUAUUAGGAUAUGGAAUUUGUAAAUAGUUGGUUCUGAUUCCUUCUAGCCCUUUUAGGGGCAGAAAGGCGGAGAUUGGCAUGUAUGAUGAUGGUGUGUAUCUGAUAUCCCCCCCCCUUCCCCCAGUAUGUUUUGUCACUAUAGGCUGCUCCUAAUAUAACUUGUUCUGCAAUCUUUUGACCUACAACUCCAUUGCUUGCAAGUAUCAUGCAGGAGGAACAAUAAACUGACAUUUUUAUUCACUACAAAUGCGCACAACUGGCAAAUCUCAAUAGAUUGCCAAGUGGGAACCUAUAUGUCCUGUCCAUCUUGAUGUUUGCAUGCAUCUUAAACUAGCGGCCUUAAGAUGUGUCAAAGUAAUAUUAGAAGCAGCCUUAAAUUGCACAUUAGGUCAGGACAGCAAGAUGGUGGGCUUUCGGCCAUUAGAACAAAAAUCAGUGUUCUUGAUAGUAUGCAGUUUUUGGUUUAAGACCUUUCUGAAGACGUAGACAGGCUGCCUCAGAUGACGGUAUGACUAAUGUGUUAAUAGUGGCAUCUUUAAAAAAAAAUAAAACUCCAAUCAUGGUAAAAA